AAUUGUGGCGGUUUAGUACAGGGACCAAAUGGUACAAUAGAAAGUCCUGGAUUUCCUCAUGGUUAUCCAAAUUAUGCCAACUGCACAUGGAUCAUUAUCACAGGAGAACGUAACCGGAUACAACUAUCAUUUCACACUUUUGCCCUCGAGGAAGAUUUUGAUAUUUUGUCAAUUUAUGAUGGACAGCCACAACAAGGCAAUUUAAAAGUGAGGUUGUCUGGAUUUCAGCUGCCAUCAUCUAUUGUGAGCACAGGAUCUAUCCUCACACUUUGUUUCACCACAGACUUUGCUGUGAGUGCUCAAGGUUUCAAGGCUAUCUACGAAGUUCUACCUAGUCACACUUGUGGAAACCCGGGAGAAAUACCUAAAGGAGUACUUCAUGGAUCAAGGUUCAAUAUAGGAGACAAAAUUAGAUAUAGCUGUAUCUCAGGCUACAUCCUAGAGGGCCAUGCGAUGUUAACUUGUAUUGUGAGUCCCGGAAAUGGUGCAUCAUGGGAUUUUCCAGCUCCGUUUUGCAGAGCUGAAGGUGCUUGUGGCGGAACUCUACGUGGGACAAGCGGAACUAUUUCAAGCCCUCAUUUCCCUUCGGAAUAUGAAAAUAAUGCUGACUGUACAUGGACAAUUCUGGCUGAACCAGGAGAUACUAUUGCUCUGGUCUUUACAGAUUUCCAGUUAGAGGAAGGAUAUGAUUUCUUAGAGAUUAGUGGAACUGAAGCACCAUCAAUCUGGUUGACUGGCAUGAACCUGCCUUCUCCUGUUAUCAGCAGCAAAAACUGGUUACGACUCCAUUUCACAUCUGACAGUAACCACCGACGGAAAGGAUUUAAUGCCCAGUUCCAAGUGAAAAAGGCAAUUGAAUUGAAGUCAAGAGGAGUCAAGAUGCUGCCCAACAAAGACAGUAACCACAAAAAUUCUGUCUUGAGUCAAGGUGGGGAUGCAGUCACAUCUGACAUGUGUCCUGAUCCUGGAAUUCCUGAGAAUGGGAAGAGAGCAGGCUCUGACUUCAGGGUGGGUGCAAGUGUACAGUUCUCCUGUGAGGAUAAUUAUGUGCUCCAGGGUUCUAAAAGCAUCACUUGCCAGAGAGUAACAGAUACGCUAGCUGCUUGGAGUGACCACAGACCGAUCUGUCGUGCUAGAACAUGUGGUUCUAAUCUGCGUGGACCAAGUGGAAUUAUUACAUCACCUAAUUACCCAGUUCAAUAUGAAGAUAACGCACACUGUGUGUGGGUUAUCACAACAACAGAUCCAGAAAAGGUCAUAAAGCUAGCUUUUGAAGAAUUUGAACUAGAAAGAGGAUAUGACACGCUGACUGUAGGGGAUGCUGGGAAAGUGGGAGACACCAGAACAGUGUUGUAUGUACUUACUGGCUCUAGUGUUCCUGAUCUUAUUGUGAGCAUGAGCAACCAGAUGUGGCUACAUCUGCAAUCUGAUGACAGCAUUGGCUCACCUGGAUUCAAAGCUGUCUAUCAAGAAAUUGAGAAAGGAGGCUGUGGAGACCCAGGAACACCAUCAUAUGGAAAAAGGACUGGCAGUAGUUUUCUACAUGGAGACACACUUACCUUUGAAUGUCAGGCAGCUUUUGAACUUGUGGGAGAGAGAAUGAUCACGUGCCAACAAAAUAACCAGUGGUCUGGCAACAAACCCAGCUGUGUUUUCUCAUGCUUCUUCAACUUCACUACACCAUCUGGAAUUAUUCUUUCACCAAACUACCCUGAGGAAUAUGGGAACAACAUGAACUGUGUAUGGUUGAUUAUUUCGGAGCCAGGAAGCAGGAUUCAUCUGAUUUUCAAUGAUUUUGAUGUGGAGCCUCAGUUUGACUACCUUACAGUGAAGGAUGAUGGGAUUUCUGAUUUACCAGCUCUUGGCACUUUUUCUGGCAAUGAGGUCCCUUCCCAGCUGGCUAGCAGUGGGCACAUAGUAAGACUUGAAUUUCAGUCAGAUCACUCUACCACUGGAAGAGGCUUUAAUAUCACCUAUACAACCUUUGGUCAGAAUGAGUGCCAUGAUCCUGGAAUUCCCGUAAACGGAAGACGUUUUGGAGACAGAUUCCUUCUGGGAAGUUCUGUUUCUUUUCAUUGUGAUGACGGCUUUGUUAAAACCCAAGGCUCUGAGUCCAUAACCUGCAUUAUGCAGGAUGGAAAUGUUGUGUGGAGCUCCACUGUCCCACGCUGUGAAGCACCAUGUGGUGGACAUUUGACAGGAUCGAAUGGGGUUAUCUUGCCACCAGGUUGGCCAGGAUAUUACAAGGACUCGCUAAAUUGUGAAUGGGUGAUUGAAGCAAGACCUGGACAUUCUAUUAAGAUCACCUUUGACAGAUUUCAGACGGAAGUUAAUUAUGAUACUUUGGAAGUUAGAGAUGGGCCAGCAAACUCAUCACCAUUAAUUGGAGAAUAUCAUGGUACACAAGCACCACAGUUCCUUAUUAGUACUGGCAAUUACAUGUAUCUGCUGUUCACUACAGACAAUAGUCGUUCCAGCAUUGGCUUCCUAAUUCACUAUGAGAGUGUUACACUGGAAUCGGAUUCCUGCCUUGACCCAGGGAUUCCUGUGAAUGGCCAUCGCCAUGGUAAUAACUUCAGUGUCCGAUCUGUAGUAACUUUUAGCUGUGAGCCAGGAUAUACACUGAGUGAUGAGGAGCCACUCAUAUGUGAAAGAAACCAUCAGUGGAAUCAUGCAUUACCCAGCUGUGAUGCUCUAUGUGGUGGCUAUAUUCAUGGGAAGAGUGGAACCAUUCUGUCGCCGGGUUUUCCUGAUUUUUAUCCAAACUCUUUAAACUGCACUUGGACUAUUGAAGUGUCACAUGGCAAAGGAGUACAGUUGGUCUUUCACACCUUUCACCUUGAGAGUUCUCAUGACUAUUUGCUAAUCACUGAAGAUGGCAGCUUCACCGAACCAGUGGCGAGAUUAACUGGCUCAGUGUUACCCCCUACAAUUAAAGCUGGCCUCUUUGGAAAUUUCUCUGCACAGCUUCGAUUUAUAUCUGACUUUUCAAUCUCCUAUGAAGGUUUCAAUAUAACAUUUUCAGAAUAUAAUCUGGAACCAUGUGAUGAUCCUGGUGUUCCUGCCUUCAGUAGAAGAAUCGGUUUUUACUUUGGUGUUGGAGACUCCUUAACCUUUUCUUGCUUUCCUGGAUAUCGCUUGGAAGGUGCUAAUAAACUUGCCUGCCUGGGUGGUGGCCGUCGUGUAUGGAGUGCACCUCUGCCAAGGUGUGUGGCUGAAUGUGGAGCAAGUGUCUCUGGAAAUGAAGGAACAUUGUUGUCUCCAAAUUUUCCAUCUAACUAUGACAACAACCACGAAUGCAUCUAUAAAAUUGAAACAGAGGCUGGUAAAGGGAUCCAUCUUAGAGCCAGGAGCUUUCAACUGCAUGAAGGAGACAUUGUUAAGGUGUAUGAUGGAAAAGACAGUUCUUCUCGUCCUCUGGGGGUCUUCACUAAAAAUGAACUGAUGGGACUGUUCCUGAAUAGCACCUCUAACCAUUUGUGGAUAGAAUUUAAUACCAAUGGAUCUGAUACUGACCAAGGAUUUCAGCUCACAUACACCA